AUGACCAGUGACAUGACCAUGGACGAAACCAGUGAUGGCUCCACUGAGCCUACUCAUGCCCACGAUCUGACAGCGGCCGGCCAUUCUACUGCAGUAUGGACACCAGCGGAGGUUGCACGGCUGCGGGAUAUUGGUGUUGCUCCCGCUACUGCAACAGUAGCCGAAGCUACGGUCGAGCAGAGGCUGUUCCACAUCGCAACGAAGGAUUACCCGCUUCACGAUGACUCCUCUCUUCGACCGAUGACCUUGGAUGAACGGAGCGCGUUGAGUGCCUACGUUUAA